AUGAAGAAUGUUUUGAUGGUCGCCGAGAAGCCAUCGCUGGCCGCCUCCCUAGCUGCGAUUCUCUCCAACGGACGUUGCACAGCGAAAAGAGGUGGCAGCAGCGGCUGCUCCACGCACGAAUGGAACGGACCAUUUCGCAAUGAAGGCAAUGUGCAUUUUCGGAUGACAUCAGUGUGCGGCCAUGUGAUGUCAUUGGAUUUCAUCAGCAAAUACAACUCGUGGGACAAGGUAGAUCCCGUCGAGCUGUUCGGCUGUCCCACAGAGAAAAAAGAGACAAAUCCUAAGCAGCAUAUGCGCUCCUUUUUGGCGCACGAGGCCCGCGGCUGCGACUAUUUGGUCCUUUGGCUCGAUUGUGAUAAGGAGGGCGAGAACAUAUGCUUUGAAGUCAUGGAUUCUGUGCAGCAUGUCAUCCACAAUGUCUACAGCCACAACGUCACCUACCGAGCUCACUUCUCGGCCAUCACCGAGAAGGACAUCAAAGGCGCCAUGGAGACUUUGGGACAUCCCAAUGAAAAUGAGGCCAAAUCUGUCGAUGCGCGCCAAGAGCUGGACUUGCGCAUCGGUUGUGCCUUCACGCGUUUCCAGACCAAAUUCUUUCAGGGUCGCUACGGGGAUUUGGACUCCUCGCUCAUCUCCUACGGCCCCUGUCAGACGCCCACGUUGGGUUUUUGUGUAAAGAGACAUGACGACAUACAGACCUUCAAGCCAGAAAGCUUCUGGUAUCUGCAGCUGCUCGCUGGCCAGCCCGAAUGUACGCUGGAGUGGGCCCGAGGACGUGUAUUCAAGAAGGACAUCGCUAUAAUGCUGCUGAAUCGCGUCAAGGAGCACAAGGAGGCAACUGUUGAAAGCGUGUCCAGCAAGGAGUCAUUCAAGAGCAAACCUCAAGCUCUGAAUACUGUGGAACUGAUGCGUAUAUGCAGCUCUGGCCUAGGCAUUGGACCCUUCCAGGCCAUGCAAAUUGCAGAGCGUCUCUACACCCAGGGCUACAUAAGUUAUCCCCGUACAGAGACGAACCAAUAUCCGGCCAAUUUUGAUUUGCCUGCGGUGCUACGUGUGCUUCAACCAUCGAGGGAUUUUGGUGAGGAGGCACGUGCCAUAGCCGGAGAUCUACAGUCGCCACGCAAGGGCAAAGAUGCUGGUGACCAUCCCCCUAUAACGCCCAUGAAAUUGGCCUCACAUGGCGACUUCGAUCGUGAUACUUGGCGUGUCUACGAGUUCAUCUGUCGCCAUUUUAUGGGCACCGUGUCACGAGACCUUAAGUAUCGGGUAACCACAGCCAAGUUGCGCGUCGGGUUGGAGACAUUCGUGUCCACAUCCAAUGUGCUCAUCGAUGCCGGCUUCACAAAGGUGAUGACCUGGCAGGCUUUUGGACGUGACGAGGCUAUCCCACCGUUUGUUCAGGGCACCCAGGUGGCCAUAAAUGAUGUACGUUUGGCUGAAAGCCAGACGGGACCACCCGAUUAUCUCACCGAGGCGGAGCUGAUUACGCUGAUGGAGCAGCAUGGCAUUGGUACCGAUGCCUCCAUACCGGUGCAUAUCAAUAACAUCUGUCAGCGCAAUUAUGUACGCAUUGAGAGUGGACGGAAGCUAAUACCAACCACACUGGGCAUUGUGUUGGUGCAUGGAUAUCAGAAAAUUGAUCCUGAACUGGUGCUGCCCACCAUGCGAUCUGAGGUGGAACGCAUGCUGACACUAAUUGCCAAGGGAUCGGCCGAUUUUAAUGAUGUACUGCGUCAUGCCAUACAAAUCUUUAAGUUAAAAUUCAUGUAUUUUGUAAAGAACAUUGCCAAUAUGGAUAGCCUCUUUGAGGUCUCAUUUUCUCCGCUCGCCGAGUCCGGCAAGGCGCACUCACGUUGUGGCAAAUGCCGUCGCUACAUGAAGUACAUACAGUCCAAGCCGGCACGUCUGCAUUGCUCCCAUUGCGAUGAGACCUACUCGCUGCCCAAUGGCAAUGUGAAGGUCUAUCGUGAGUUCAAAUGCCCGCUGGAUGAUUUCGAGCUGCUGGCCUUCUCGACCGGCGUCAAGGGUCGUUCGUUUCCGUUCUGUCCGUAUUGCUACAAUCACCCACCAUUCAGGGAUAUGCCCAAAAAUGGUGGCUGCAACACUUGCACACAUGCCACCUGCCCCCAUUCCCUGAACACGCUGGGCAUCUCCGGCUGUGUGGAGUGCGAAAACGGUAUUCUGGUAUUGGAUUCCACAUUGGCGCCCACCUGGAAGUUGGGCUGCAAUCGCUGCGAUGUCAUCAUCAAUUGCUUUAAAGGUGCCACCAAAAUAACGGUCGAAGAUAACAAAUGCACCGAUUGUGGAGCGCAGCUUGUCAAUGUGGUCUACAAAUCGGACAAGUCCAAGUUCAAGGAUGGCAGUGAGGAGAAGACCGGUUGCCUAUUCUGUUCUCAUGAAUUUCAGCAUUUGGUGGAGAAACAUCGUGCGGUGGCUUCUCGUCCUGUCCGCAGUGGUGGAGGUGGCCCGCGCGGUGGUAAACCUGGACGUGGUGGCGGCGGAGCAGCUGGAGUGUCUGUGGGCGGCAAUGCUGCAGGUGGUGGUGGCAAUGCCCGUGGACGUGGUGGUCGACAGCCAAAGGAUAAAAUGGCUCAACUGGCAGCCUACUUUGUAUAAGAACGUGUGAGAUAGAGAAAAAUGGAGGGAGGGGGGAGCCAAUCCAGCUGCAUAUAAAAAAACAACAGCUGGAAAUGGGAAGCAUAUCGAAACGAUUCUUAUAAAUGCAUUUACAUUAGAAGCCGGUAACUAAAUUAAUUUAGUGCGUAUAUAUGUAUACAUAUGUAUGUAUGAAAUGGCAGUAAUAAACAGAAUUGAUGAAUACAGAA